AUGGGGAUCUCAGACGAAGAAUGUACCGUCUGUGGGUGGGCUGGAGCCCAUGAAAUCGCAUUUGCCGACUGGGUGAAAAAUGCUUCUUCACUAAAAAAAAUAAAACUAUGCGUUAAUGGACCCGUUAACUUUACAUUUGUGUCUCUUUUGUUGCCUCACCCCAUUUUCACUCAGGAGGACCGCAAGCUGAUAAAGGACCGCCCGGCAGAGGCUUCAGUCUUCUCGUUCGUCCAGAUUCUGACUGCUGUGUUUGGAUCUUUUGCGCAUGGCGGUAAUGAUGUAAGCAAUGCCAUUGGCCCAUUGAUUGGACUUUGGCUAGUCGGCCGGACCCAGGAGGUAGUCACCGAAGCUGCCGUUCCCAUAUGGAUUCUGCUCUUCGGCGGUUUGGGCAUCACUAUCGGCCUCUGGGUGUGGGGACGACGAGUCAUUCAGACGAUGGGAGAAGAUCUGACCACAAUUACACCAUCCAGGUAG